AGAUCUGGUCUGUACAAUGGAGUUGGAAGAUUCAGAGGGAGCCAACAGCACUUCGUCAGAUCUGGUCUGUACAAUGGAGUUGGAAGAUUCAGAGGGAGCCAACAGCACUUCCUCAGGUGUCAGAAGAAACCUGUCUCCUGAAACACCAACAGGAAGGAAGCAACGAAAACGAAAACUCAAAGGCCCUCAUAUCACAGCAGAAGAUUCUGAACUGUGGAAGAAUUGUGACAAAUGGGAAGCAAAAACAAAGGAAAUUGUUGAAGCAGUGCUAAAGAAGCUGGAGGAGACCAACUCAAACAACCCUAAUGAAGAGAAUCUGCUGCUCAACCUCAAAAAAAAGAUGCAACAGUUAAAGGAGAAAUGUCUUCAGGAGAACAUUUACGUUGGAGUCUUUGGACAGACAGGGGCUGGGAAAAGUACACUCCUGAAUGCAGUUUUCAAGGAGAAGUCUCUGUUGCCCACAUCAUCAUCAGGAGCCUGCACAUCAGCCAUAAUAAAAGUGCAAUCUUACGAAGGUCGCAAGUUUAAAGCAGAGAUUGAAUUCCUCAGCGAGCAGGAUUGGAAUAAUGAACUGAAGCUUCUUGUUGAGCUUUGUGGGAAGGAGGACAGUGAUGAUGAAGUUGACGAUGAAGAUGAUAAGGAGGUUGAAAUGGCAAAGAACAAACUGCAAACUGUUUAUGGAUCUUCUGGACCAGAGAAAAGCUAUGAGGAGCUAAUAAAGAUGAACAUUUAUCAACAUAUCCCCAAAAGUGGCAAAAAGCUUUUACGUGAGGACAAUGCAGAAGAGUUAUCCAGAAAGUUAGACCCUUAUAUUCGGAGCCAACCCUGUCAAACAUCCAAAAUAUACUGGCCAAUUGUGAAAUCGAUCUCUGUUUAUAUCCCCAACUGUCAAAUACUGCCCGAAGGAGUAGUUCUUAUUGACUUUCCAGGAUCAGGCGACACCAACAAAACAAGAGAUGAAAUGUGGAAAAAGAAUCUGAUGAACUGCUCAUCUGUAUGGAUUGUGUCAGCAAUUUUUAGGGCUGUUAAUGAAAAGAUAGUACAUGAGAUUUUUGGUACUUCAAUAAAAUCUGCUACAAAUGGAGGAAGAUGUCAUGAUGUUGCUUUUAUCUGUACAAAGACAGAUGAUAUUGAAGAGCAAGAAUAUGCAAGAGAGUACCGUUUAACUAAUGAAGAAAUGAACUUAACUGAUGAUGACCUGCUGGAAUAUGAUAGAAAACGGAAACAGUACUGCAUAAGACAUCGCAAUAUACAUGUAAAGAAGACUAUGAAGAAACAGUAUGAAGAGAAGUGGACUAAACUGAUGACAAAAGAAUCCACCCAAUUGGAGUUUUCAAAAGAUGAUCUGUGUGUCUACACUGUGAGUGCAAAACAAUAUUGGAAGUUAGAACAUGAACAUAAAGGACCAAGCAACAAUUUUGCAGAAACAACAGAAAUAUCAAGUCUGAGAAAACACAUCAUCGACUUGUAUUUGAAAGAAAGAAAGAAAGUGGUGAAUAUCUACGUGUCUGAAGUGUGGGGGAUGCUGCUCCUCCUUAUAUCGCUCAACCAAAAUAAACAGAAUGAGAUCCUGAAAAGCAGGUUCAACACCAUUAAUAAAGAAUUCCACAUGAGUUUGGAAGCUUUUAAUGAACAUCUGGAGGAUAUCUGCAAACGUCUGCAGGAUCAUCUCAAACAAGGAGUUCAGGAAGCAGAGAAAAAGUGUGGGAAAGUCAUUCAACAACAGAUAGAGCGGCCUGGUGGAAGAAAUUACCAAGGUUUCCACAAGACACUAAAGGCAAUAUGUAGAAAUGAUGGAGUAUUCAACUCAGCCACGUUUGGGCCAAUUGACAUUAACCAUGAUCUGUCAAAGCCUCUCCACCAGAAAAUUGAUCAUUUUUGUGAAAGCACCUUACAGUUUAACAAAGGUCGAAGGAAUUCAAUGAAAGGACGGUUCAAUAGUAUUAAAUUAUCACUGACAAACAUUAUUGAUGAGCCACUUCCCACCAAAUCUACUGCAGAAAAUUCAUGGGUUUGGAAAUGCCGAAAAGAUUUCAUGAAAACUGAGAUCAACGGACUAUUUUACGACUUGACAAAGCAGAUAACUGAAAGAAAACAGCAUUUUUAUAAUGCCCCUAACCUGUCUGUUCAAUGUUCAAUGAAACCAGCAUAUAAAGAAGCUGCACAAAAGAAAGGUGCUGGUGUUUUGCCUUUCAUGAAGAAGAUAUUAAAGGAUCAUGUUGAACAAAAGCAUGAGGAGUUUUUCAAAGAUGCAAGAGACAGUGCGAUGGAGCAAUUCAAUGACAUGAAGGAGAAAUUGAAGAAGGAAAUUCAUGGAAGAAUGACCAUCACCUUGGAACUUGGUUUCUCCCAGUGGUCUGGGCAUAAUCCUUUACCAGAUUUUCGAAAUGAGUUUGAUCAGAUAAAUCUAAUCUGGGAUGAAGUAAAGGAUUUAUCAGACACUGACUAAUCAUUUUGGAUCUGUUUGUUUCUUUGAAGUUGAUGUUAUAGUACUAUGGCCUUCUAAAAAAAUGUACAUCUUACUGAUUUUGUGAAGCUCUCACAUUAGUGAAAGAUACAUUAUACUCCUCCCUCAAUAGCAAAUAUAUCCUCUUUUAGGUAGAUACCGCACACGGUAGUCCAGCUGUGAUCUCACUGUGGCACAUAAAUUGGCCUUCCUAAUUGGUUACUGUACCUACCUGUCUACUUUCAUUGACUGGCAUACAGUACAAGGCUACCUGGACCUGUUUGUGCAUUCACACUUCCACAAAUAUUAUCAUUUUAUAUUGCUCUUCCCUUCUGCUUUUAACACUGUAGUUUCAUGUUUAGCCACAUUCUAUUGCAUCUGCCUUGUGCUUAGCUAUUGUUGUGAACUUGGGUAGAGUAAUUCCAAAUUGGGAGACAGGACAUUUGAUUUGCUGUGUGUAAAAUUGUAAAGUGAGGAAAGUAUGGCAUGGUCCUUUAAAAAUGAUGUGCUUUUCCUAUGCUUAGAGAUUUAAAAUUAUGUCUGUGAGAAGCAGCUUAUGGGUUUACCAGUAUAGAAAGUACCCAAAUUGAAACAUGUAUUGAAAGUCCAAGCAGCAUUUUUACCAAGAUAACAGUUUUGGAUUUUAGCCAAUCAAUUUAAACCAAGCACUUAGUUACCAAAAACCUAUUAAAUUUAAACCUGAUGGUCUUGACAAAAGAAUCAAUACUACGUAAGAAAUAUUACUAUGUCAUCAUGAGUAUAAACAAGGCAGUAGUUGGACUGAGACCCCAGAACCAAUUGCCAUUUGCUAAGAGAUAACAGCUCUCACAGUCCUCUAUGUAUUGGAGAAAGCAUACUCUGAAUGACAUCAGUACCAACAUCGGAGAAGGCAUUUCAGACAAAAGAAAAUGUUGGAGAAGGCAUUUCGGUCAGAGGAAGACGACGGAGAAGACAUAGAAAGUUCCGAAGACAUAAUUUAUGUUUUUGUAUAUGUGUGGGACUUGUAGUUAUUGCAACAGCUAAAAACCGUUAGAAUCUUGCUUUAUUCAGAAAUCGUUGGUAGUUUGAAGGAAUUUAUUCAGAUUGUUCAUAAUUUAGUUAAUUUGUUCGCUGUUAGAGUUAGAUAAAUAAAUUGUCACUUGUUUUUUGUUUUUAUUUGAUUUAAUCACUAAAGGUUGCUGAGAAACAGAUUGCCCCUCUCUGCACACUCCUUUUAACAUAUUAUAAAGCACAUGGCCACUCUCUGGGUGUUUCAGUUUUGGUUAUCAUAGGGCAAAACCUCCACUUUAUAACACUCGAUUUGUCUAAAUCACCUUGAAGCCCCAUUGCAUCUUCCUCACUGUUUGAAACAAACUCAAUAAAAUUUUAGACGAGACCAACAAAUCUGGAAACAAUUUAUUACGGACUUGCAAGUACGGGCUGCAACUGCACAAAGCAAUUGAGCGAAUUAGACUUGUUUACAAUUAUACCUUUGAGCUGAGUGAGGUCACCUCUCCAGACUCCUAAUUACCCAAUCUCUCAAACUAGGCUAGAUAGCUGCCCAUCUUCGCUCCACCCUUGUUACUUCCCCUUCCCCAUGUUGGCAACCUUCCUCCCUGUUAGUGCUGACUUUUUCAUUAUUUUGUCGAUAGUACAUCAAGAUAUAGUUUAACAUUUUGUAUCAAUACUGCUGGUACAUUCCAUUCUCCGUACAUUUCAUCAACUUUGUAUCAUUUUUGUACAGCUCAGGCAUUUUAGUUAUCUCAGUUUUUUGCUGAAAACUUAUUUUAAAAGUCAUGAUUCGGAGAUGCCGGUGUUGGACUGGGGUGUACAAAGUUAAAAAUCACACAACACCAGGUUAUAGUCCAACAGGUUUAAUUGGAAGCACACUAGCUUUCAGAGCGACACUCCUUCAACAGGUGAUUGUCACUUUUUGGACUUAAUAUCGCCCAUAUUUCUUUUGUAAGAUGUUGUGAUUCACCUUUCCUCUUCAGACAAGAAUGAAUAUUGUUGUAAUUCAUGCAUACAUUCAUUGAAUAAGAACCAUUGCCAAUCUACCUUCAACCCCUUUAGUAUGGCUCCUCCAUCCUUCAUUGACAAUUCAUUCCUCAGACCCCAAAAGUUGCUGUUAUUUAGAUUCAUGACCUUAGUUUUGUAUUUGGCUAUUUCAUCUUUGUGAAGAAUUCUAUCAUAUUAUGGUUGCUGUUCUCCAAGGGACUUUGCAUAACAAAGCAUUUGAGAUUACUACAUUGGUUUUAAUUGGGGAUGUGCUUAUAUGCUUACAAAAGACAAUAUUAAUCUGAAAUAAAAAAAUGUGUUGGAGAAAUUUAA